CACUCUAGCUGGACGCGCUGGGAGGCGGCGAUCACAGCUGGGCCGGGACUUCCUUCCUCUACCGCAGGACAACAAAACAACCGGCAGCAGGCACUGAGCUCUUGGCAGCUGUCUGGGCGAGAAGCGCAGCGAUGGGCUCCGUGCUGAGCAGCGAUAGCGGCAAAUCCGCCCCCGCCUCGGCCGCCCCGCGGGCCCUGGAGCGCAAGGGGGACCCCGAGCUGCCCGUCACGUCCUUCGACUGUUCUGUGUGCCUCGAGGUGUUGCACCAGCCUGUCCGGACCCGCUGUGGCCACGUAUUCUGCCGUUCCUGUAUUGCUACCAGUCUAAAGAACAACAAAUGGACCUGUCCUUAUUGCCGGGCCUAUCUUCCUUCGGAAGGAGUUCCAGCAACUGAUGUAGCGAAAAGAAUGAAAUCCGAGUACCAGAAGUGCACUGAGUGUGACACCCCGGUUUGCCUCAGCGAAAUGAGAGCACACAUAAGAUCUUGUGAGAAGUAUAUAGAUAAGUAUGGACCGCUGCAGGAACUUGGGGAGACCACAACCAGGUGUGUGUGUCCAUUUUGUCAGAGGGAGUUGGAAGAAGAGAGCUUGCUGGAUCACUGUAUUACUCAUCACAGAUCAGAAAGGAGGUCUGUGUUCUGUCCACUUUGCCGUUUACUACCUAAUGAGAAUCCAGGCAGCUUUAAUGGCAGUUUAAUAAGACAUCUGCAAGUCAAUCACACUUUGUUUUAUGAUGAUUUCAUAGAUUUUAAUAUAAUUGAAGAAGCUCUUAUCCGAAGGGUCUUAGACCGGUCACUUCUGGAAUAUGUGAAUCAUUCAAACACCACAUAAUUUUAUUAAAAGGAAAGAGAAGGAGACCAUACACUUGCACCAUUUGUUAAGAUGCUGCUUGAACAAGUGGAGGGGAAUUGUCAAUGUUCGAUGGGUGAAAAUGUACAACACAGUUACACGUUUGUCCAUGGUUCUUGUUAUAUUUCGUUUUAAAACUGCUUUCAUUUUGAUGGCUUAAAUCUGUUUUUACAUUCUUGAGUUUUUUAGAAACUUAACAGAAAGUAGUCUCCAUCAGCCAUUAGUAUAUGGAAGAGAACAUAAGGCAGGAUAUGUGGGUGAAAGGUCUUUAUUUGCAAAUUGAAUGAUACUGUGUGUAAUGUUAUAUGUUAAUAUCUGCUAUCAUGGUUGAGCAAGAUAACUAAUCUUUGUUCUUUGUAAAAAGAUGGAGAAUAAAACCAAGUGUGGACAUUCAAGGAAAUACAAAAUCUGUUCUAGUGCACAUCUAAUCUCUAAUAGGAUAAUAUAAGUAGCCUUAUAUUAGAGUAGAUAAGGAAAAUUUUGGAAGUCAACAAAGUCCACUUAACCACAUUGUAAAACAUAAUACUGUAACAAAAUAAAUUUUGUGUUAGGAAUGUAUACUUAAUUCUUUGAAUUUUAUAACUAUGCACAGUAAGAAUCUAAUACUAUAUUUUUCAAAUAUUUGUAGCUUAUUAUUUAGAACUAUUUCUACAAGGUAGGCAGUUUCUUAAGAACCUGAUAUUUAUAGUAGAAGUGUUCACAUCCAUACUUUUUAGUGGAAAACCCUAAGGGCUUUGAUUUUUUUUACUUCUUUUCCUUUAGAAAAAAUACAAAAUAUAAAUACUGAAAACCAAACAAAAUGUAGCUUUUUACAUCAUUAUAAGGAAACACUGUUUUAGAACUCUGACAGCGACUCGGUUAUCCUCUGUGUGUCCAGUCACAUUUAUCAACCAUCUUCCCAAAUUCCACAGAAGUAACCACUACAGUGAUACCCAUUGUAAUCACCUCCUUGCAUUUCUUUAUUAUUACCCAAGUGUGUAUCUUUGCACACUAUAUUUUAAUCUUAAUCUAUUUAAAAUUGUUUUAUUGGCUACAUCUCUUAUAUCUUUUUAACCUAUAGGUUCUCCCUUCUUUCUUUUCCUUAGAAUUUACUGAAGAACUUCAUCUCAUGACCUAUAGAGUUUCCCACAAUCUGUAUUUUUGCUGUAUUUUGCUGACUACUCAGCAUGUUCCUCUUUCCUCUGGAUGUUGACACGUGGAUCUAGAUGUUUGAAUAGACUCAGGUUCAGUCCUUUUUGGCAAGACUAUAGGUUAAGGUGUGUUCUUUCGCCAGAGGGUACAUAAUGUCUGGUUCUCUCUAUUUGUGAUGUCUGCUGAAGUUGAUACUCAGUGUCUAGAUCCACUCACUGAUUUAUUGUGAGUUGGAGGAUAUUCUAAUUCUAUCAUCUCUCUUUCAUUUAUUAGUUAGAACAUUUUUAUAAAGAGAUGUUUCCCCACAUCCACUAUUUGGUUUACCACUGGUCAAGUUUGUAUAAGAAAGGGAAACUAAAUAUUUGUAUUUUCCUCUCAUUUACUAAUUUUCAAGAUAAUAAACUUGUUUCCAAUUACCUUCCAGAGAUCACUUUUUUUUCAGUGUUACGAACUCAUGGCUUCAAACGUAUUUGAUAGGCUUCAACCCAUUUCAAAUAUUACCUUAUUUAAGUUCAAAUUGUCCCCAUCUUUUGCCAUUGGGAGCCUUACCAAGUUGCCUCUGAGUCAUUUUGACACUACACUAACUGUCUUUAUUACCUUCCUUGCUAUCUGGAAGACAAGAUAUUCCAGGCUCAACUUGGUGUGUUUCCUGCCCCAGACAUGGAAUGAGCCAUUUCUCUAAGAAGCCUGGUUACUUUCAGUAAGAAAUGGUAUUUCAAAACCAUAAUCAGGGCUCUGAGAAUGCUCAUUGCUGUUAGAUUGGCCACUGUUUCUAGGAGAGUGCUAGGAAAUCUCUAUUUUUUAGUACAAUAAAACACGUGAGUUUAUUGUGAAACUUCCAAAUCAAAUUGAGUACUACACAGUUUUUCUUAAUGCUUCUAAUACAACUGUAUUUCCAUUUUCUAUACUGAGAAUCCUGGUUUUCAAGGAUCUAUAUAGGGCAUGAUAGAGUUAGAAUAUCCCACAAUUACUCAUUUCCUUUACUUACCUUACACAUGCAGCAGCCUCAGAAUAACAAUGCUAAUACAAUCACCACCAAUUUGAUAACUGAAACAAUUAAAAUUUUUCCAUUUGCCUUUCCCAUUCUCUGUUUUCAGAAGUCAUACAAUGUCAGCAUUUCCAGAACAUACUGGUAUUACAUACUAUACUCUCUCCCUUCUAACCCCUAUUUAGUCUUAGUUCUUCGAGUAACUGUAUAGUCAGUGCUUGCUACUAGUGAUUAUCUGAUGGCUCUAUUUCUCAUGUCUGGCUCUUUAAUGACACAUCCAGGAUGCAGAAUGACGUCUCUGUAGUGUAAGCAAGCAAAGGAAGCUAUGAAGACUAGUGAUAACAACUGAGGAUAAAAUACUUGGCCGUAGUUAGCUUUUUAAUUGUCAUCAUUUAUGGACUUAGUUCCUUACACAUAAAUAUAGUCAUAGUCACGGUGCCCCUAAUUUUUUAUAAUAAAUUAUCCUUUCCUUCUUUAAAGACUUGAUUACUAUUCUGCCAUCCACUGUGAAGUAUUUAGAAAAAGGUAAACCCAGAUGAAAUCUGAAGAACCUUAUUCCCUGCCUUUUAGAUACUGGUUUCAAGCUUGCUUUUCACAGCUGCAGACAAGUAAAAACAGAUUUUUAGUUUUACAAGCUCUUGUCCUGCAAUUUGGAUGGGUUAUCCAAUAAAGCAAAACCCGCUGGACAAGUGCAAAAAGAGAGGAAUUUUUCAGAGAUAAUCAGAUUGAAAAUCUAAUCCCUAAAAAAUAAAACAAUGUAUUUCUGAGUUUGAGUACUGACUAUCCAGAAAAUAAGUCUUCGUUAGUUCAGAGCUACACAAAAGGCAUUCUUAAAUCUGUAAAACUUGAAAAAACUUUGAAACUUUAAAACCUGGCUUUUAAGUAAAGCUUGAAAAAGUCAUCUACCACUAUUAACCUCAGUGCAGCAAAUCCGCAGCCUCUCCCUGGAUUCCUCUUAGGAUAAUUUUGCCACCUACAGGACAAAUGAGGUGCUGGCCACCUGAAUUAUUUUGCCUUCUGAAUUAUUUUGAGUUCUAAAAUGGUGAAGUGCAAAUAUUCAUUGUUUCACUGUGCCUUUAACCUUUUAUAAAAAGGAAUUUAUAAUUAAUUGUUUUAAAAAGGGAAAACCACAGACCAAACCAUCAUACUGUACACCUUAAACCUUAUACACUGAUCUGUGUCAAUUAUUUCUCAAUAAAGGGGAGGGGGAUGAAAACCAAUAUUUGAAGCUGUUGACUACUAACAAAAAAGUUUCACUCAUUUUCUUUAUAGCACCUCAAGAUGCAUUUUUUUCAAGGCCUUAUAAAGGGAAAAACUGAUUCACAUGUUACUCUUUAAAAGCUAAAGUCUUCUAACCCAAUAAAAACCUACAGAGAUUUUCUUCAUGUGUUUUUUCCUCAAGUUUCUAAAAUGUAGGUUGAAAAAAUUGGAUAGUGCCUCUAUGAUAAACAGAGCUUCAGAUCAGAUCUCCUAAGAGAUCCUUUGUUGCUUCAUUUCUUUUCCUGGUGCUAGGUGUCUUUCAUUUUGAAGUGAGCUUACUCCAGCUAUGGAAAGUUUAUGAUAUCAUCAUGUGUACCUUUGAACAUUGAAGUUAUUUUAAAAAGUCACUAAGAGAUUUGUUCUUUUAUUAUUCAGUUGCAACAACAAAUCUGUGUAAUGAUCAGAAUUUAAAAUGUAUAAUUCUUUUCCUUCUGUAAAUACGUAGUAUUGUUAGAAAUAAAGAAUGGCAGGACCAUUGCUUUCAUUCAAA